GGAACUGAAACUUCAAGGGUUCCAUAAAGAACAAAGCUUUUUUCAAAAAAAAAAUUUCUUUUUCUUAUUGAAAUAAAGAGAAGCAAGGUUAGAAAAGAAAGCUAUGUUGGGUCGAAGUCAUAAGAAUUGGAAACUAGCCUCUAGGAUUCACGUAGCAGUUGGUGGCCUUGUGGGUAUAGUUGGUAUGAUAUUAUUGUCACUUAAAGAUGGCAAAAUGGUGAUACCAACUAGCUUGCCAUGGUCCUUUGGUAGAGAUAAUAGGUUGGAGAAAUCGCUCUUGGUUCCCGGGUUGCAAAACCUCGAGAACAAUUGUUUCCUUAACGUUGUUUUGCAGGCUCUAGCAAGCUGUUUUUGCUUUCAGAGUUUUCUUCAUAGCGUGAUUAGAGAAUGUGGGACUAACGACCUGGAUGAAAGCAUUCCUCUUGCUGUUUCUUUGGCUACUUUAUUAGAAGAGCUGAGUUCGGUUAGUACAGAAAAGGUCAUAUUGAGUCCACGAAAGAUGAUGCUUUCCAUGUCCAAUUAUAUUCCAAACUUUAAUCUGACAAGCCAGCAGGAUGCUGCGGAAGCGUUUCUUCAUCUGUUAUGCUCUUUGAGAGUAGAAUUUGGAGGUUGUUAUGCUCCAAAGAUGAGUUCUUUAGCAGACAUUUUUGCUUCUAAUAAUAGAAUUCUAACUCCAAUACAGAGUGACUGGCAGAGUGAGCAGGAAAGAUGGCAGCAACUCUUCCUUGGACCUUUGGAUGGGAUUCUUAGUAGCAGCUUAACCUGUCAAAGUUGUUCAUCCCAGAUCUCAAUUAAUUUCGAACAUUUUGAUUGUUUGCCUCUUUCACCUGUGCUUAGUGAUAUUUCUACCAUAAGAGUUGGUUGUACACUGGUGGAUUGCCUGAAGCAGUUCAUUGCUGCUGAACAUGUGGAGAACUAUUCCUGCAGCCACUGUUGGCAUAACGCUGCAAUCAAGUAUCUUUCCUUAAUGGAAGGAAAUGAGGUAGAACUUGAAAAGCUUAGGAGAUGUUCUGACCAAGAGUUCUGCGAUUGCCGAACAAUUUAUAAUCUUGAGAAGCUACCUUGGUCAAAUAGGUUUUCACGUACUCUGAAGCAGCUAAGCAUUUCUCGAUGUCCAAAGAUUUUAUGCAUCCAAUUGAAAAGAGUUUAUAUGAAUGGGUUUGGAGAACCAGUCAAACUGCAGGGCCAUAUUUCUUUUCCAUUGAUUUUGGAUGUAUUGCCAUUCAUGACAACUAGGCUGGGAGUAAAGAUACGGGAGGUAGAUGUACAAAGUCUUCCAUUAAAUCUGCAGUAUAGCAGAAGAAACUGUUUGGCAGACCAUUAUAAUAACAGAUUGCAAUCUGAGAUAAAAGCAUUGAAAUUCAGUGGCAUUUAUGGAGCAGAGAGAGAACAGAUCAAUUCAGAUGGUCUUAUUGAUGAUGGAUCCGUAUUUCCCUGCUCUCGCUCUUCAGAAAGCAUUCACUCAGAGACACAUAUGCAAUCCACUGACAAGGUGGAUGUUUCUUGUAAUUUAGUUUCUCAAGAAACAUGUUUGUAUGAACUUGUUUCUGUUGUGGAACACUUUGGAAGAGCUGGAAGUGGGCAUUACACAGUUUACAGAUGUGUGAGAGUGGAGCCCUCAGGGGAUUCCUCUGAUGAGUACGUCAAUCAAUCUCCAAUGCGCUGGUUUUGUGUUUCAGAUUCUCAAGUGCAUGCUGUUUCAGAGGAAGAUGUUCUUUCUACUGAGGCCAGCUUGCUUUUCUAUGUCAGAAUUCCAAAUAACUGAAAAAAGAAAAGAAAAGAAAUUCCUUUCUGUUGUUUUGGGAAGUUCUGGGUCCAGGAAGUGCAUUGGUUUAUAUGUUCUCAGUCACAGGAGUCUGUGUUGUGGCGUUCAACUUGACCAGGAGUGGUAUAAGGACGCUGGGAAGUUGUUCCAAAACGCUAGACAUGAUUCAAUUCCUUACAAAAGAUGGAAAGUUACGUUUGAGCUUUUGCAGAGGGUAAUUUAUAAAGAGGGAAUAAAUUACCACUUUUGGUUAUUCAGUUUGAAGUGAAUGAUUACUCAGAGUGGCUAUUCACUUGUUCCCUUGUUCUAGUUAGACCCAUCAAAGGCUAUAAGUGUUAAAAAAAGAAACUGAAUAUCCUAACAGCUACAGUUGCAUCGGAAAGCAAAAGCUUAUGUUAAUACGUGUUCAAACUGAGAGCAUGUGUUGGGAAUGUUGUUUUUAGUAUUGGAAUUAUUGCUGAGUAUUAGUUGUUCUUACUACUGU